AUGACAAGGAAGAAGACAAAUCUUGCUUACAUUUCCAAUGUCUCGGCGAGAAAAAGAACACUGAAUCUUAGGAAGAAAGGACUUCUGAAGAAACUUGAUGAAAUCAAGACUCUCUGCGAUGUGGAUGCAUGUGCGGUCAUCUACAGUCCAUACAACUCAACACCAGAGGUGUGGCCAUCAAACUCGGAGGUGCAAAAGGUUAUGGAGAAGUUCGAAAACUUGCCAGAGGAGAAGCAGACAAAGAAAUCGUUUAACCACGAAGAGUUUCUCAAUCAGACAAUCACAAAAGUCCAAAAUCAGGUUAAAAAAUUAAUUGAAGGUAAUAAUGAUAAACUCAUGGAGGAGCUCAUGUUCUCUUGUCUUAAUGGGAACAUGGGAGAUUUGGCUAUAGACGAUAGUAAUCGUGGUAACUUGUGUGAGUUUAUUGAUGGACAUCUCAAGAAACUUUAUCAUCAUAAAAACGUAAUCCUAAAAAAUACGCAUCUUGAGACCGGUGAAUCUUCCUCAAUGGCUAUGGCCAUGGGCAUGCCACCAGUCGCUAUGGCUGAAGCGGGUUCUUCUUUCUUCAACUCUCCUCAACAAACCAAUGAGUCUCAGCCUCUAGUCACUUCAAACCAGGGACAAGAACAUAUUAGUUCUCAUGGAAACCAGUUUCUGAAUGUCCCAACCAAUUUUCCUCAACAACCCAAUGAAGUGCAGUGUGCAGUCUCUUCAAACCAGGGGCUGGAACAUGUUCCUUCACUUAAAAACAACUUUAUGUGUGCACCAAUCUUCAAUUCUCCUCUACUAACCAACGAGUCGCAACCUCUGGUUACUUCAAACCAUGGACCAGAACAUAUUUGUUCUCAUGGAAGCCAGUUUCCGAAUGUCCCAACUUUCAACUUUUCUCAACAAACCAAUGAACUACGUCAUACAAUCUCUCCAAACCAGGGGCUGGAACAUGUUCAUUCUCUUGGAAACAACUUUAUGAAUGCACCAACCUUCAAUUCUCCUCAACUAACCAACGAGAUGCAGCAGCCCAUAAUCUUUUCGAACCAGGGAGCCAACCAUGUUGAUUCUCUUGCAAGUAAUCUCCUCCCAGUUAGCAACCAUGGAGUUAAUACUCAAGUUAUGAAUCAGGUUUGUGUUUGUGAUUAA